CUCAAGAAAAAAAGCAGCAUCUCUGCAGAGAAUGGUGAUGGUAAACCAAAGCCAGGAAUGAUAAGGAAAGCCGCCGAAAUGACGCAAGCAGCGGCGGCGGCAGCAGCCACCACCACACACGUCGUCUACAGGGAGGAUGAUCCGCUACUGGACGGCGGCGGCGAUGCCACUACUGAAAAGCCGCCAUCUCACGGCAAGGUCGCCAAGAAGAAAGUGAGGUUUGCUUUGGAUCAUCAACGCGGCGGCGGAGAAGAAGGAGAAGAAGAGGAGGAGGAAUCCGGCGGCGGGGGGUUGAAAGUGAGAAUAUUGGUGAGCAGAGGAGAGGCAGAGAGGCUGCUGUCGAGGUGUAAAGACGGAGGAGGGGUUCUGGCGUUCACAGACGUCGUGGCGGCCGGCUCAUCACGGCAUCAUAUUGCCGGCCGCCACUCCGCCGGGAAUCUCUUUUCUCCCCUCCCCCCGGCCUCAGCUCUCCUAUAAUUAUCAAUUUUUGUUUUAGCAUCGGAGAAGAUUUAUCAUGUCAUUACAUAUUUGUUUAUCACUUGCGGAGUAUAUGACAAUGGUUAGUUUAUUUUAUU